AUGAAAACUGUUUCUUUAUCCUGGUUGCUAUGGAUAAAACGUUAUAAGCGUCGCUGCCGUAACGUUGCUGCGCCGUAUGGUCAGGUGACCACCUCGCAGUGGUUAUCGGGGCCGCGGAGGGCAUGCUUGGCUAAGGCCAUGGUGACACACGCACAUGCUCAAGUUGUGCUGUGCCUUAACUCGGCAUCGGUAAGCCGGGGAAGGGUGAUUGGCGCUGUGGUUUUCCGAUCCAACAAACAUAUUGGUUUGGAAGACACAACAUGGUUGACCGUAGACGUCGCCCAAUCCAAACAAGAUCUCGAAUGGAUCGCUGUAAUCAGCACCAGCUACACAGCGAAGUGCGCGCGAAAGCUCCGCCGGCUUCUGGUCUUCCCCUUGGAUCCACGUGCAUCAUGUCAACGAGAACCGCCUAACCGUAAAUCGCCCACUGGUGCGCUGAGCGUUAAAGAUCAGGGAGAGUCAAGCGAUGGGCGCAUGUGUAAAAAUUGCCAGGUCCAGAAGUACCUGGUGCACAUCGCGGUGAUGCAGCGCAACAGCACUCCCGAAUACUUGAAGCUCGCCUCCGUCUCAUCAAGGCAGUGCACCCUCGCAUCAUGGCUCCAGCCCUCUGCCAUUAUGUUGCUGGUGUUGCGGACUCGCUCCAAGAGCCCGUUCACAUCGCCAGCUGGCCAAUGGUAA